AUAGAUCUCCGAGCGUACGUCUUGCAGAGUUCCAUUGCGCUCUCCAAGCUCGCAAAUACCAGCCAUGGCCGCAUCAGCCACACUGCACUCCAACAUAGCAGGCUUUGCGACUCGCACCGGUCUUCCUUCCCGUGCUUUGUUGCCGUCUAGGCAUGUCGGCCGUGUCUUGCGCGUCAGGUGUCAAUCUGAGGAGCGCCCGCAGGAACCCCCGGCAGCUGUCUCGCCUCCGCCGCCGCAGCCAGUGCAGACUAGUCCACCGACACCCAAGCGCAAGGAAAGCACGAGCUUCUCGGAUAUCCUAGCGUUCAGUGGGCCAGCACCGGAGAGGAUCAACGGAAGAUUGGCGAUGAUCGGGUUCGUGUCAGCCAUCGCGGUGGAGCUCACGAGGGGCGACGACCUGGUGGCUCAGCUCGCGAAUGGCGGGCUGCCGUGGUUCGCGGGCACCGCCGCCUUGCUUUCUGCUGCCUCCUUGGUGCCCCUGUUCAAGGGCGUGAGCGUGCAGUCCAAGUCUAGUGGCGUGAUGACAGCCGAUGCAGAGCUCUGGAACGGCCGCUUCGCCAUGCUCGGCUUGGUGGCACUGGCUUUCACUGAAUACCUCAAGGGUGGACCUCUUGUGUAAGAGCGAGCGAGCGAGCGAGAGAGAGAGAGAGAGAGAGAGAGAGAGAGAGAGAGAGAGAGUACCAGUAGCUCAUGGAUGUAUCAGUGUAUGAGCAAGGCAUGCAACAUACUGAAGGUUUCAGUCAAAGUAUGGUUGUGGAGAUGCAUGAUGUGUUCAACCAUGGAAUAUGUCAUGAAUUCACUCUACUCCAUUGAUGCA